UCCAACUAGUCAUUGAUUGUUGUAGUUUUACUUACUUUUUUUACUUACUAAUAAGAUCAUGCCACUAUAAGGAGCCAAUAUUAUAACACAAGUCUCCUACCUGGUGAUUCGUACAUGUAAAUUUAGAGCCCAAGAUGGCGGCCACCAAGACGUGUUUUUCUCUGUUUGACCGACAAACUGUUGAGCUUCUUAAAGGCUUUACUUUAGUUGAUAAAUCURCGAAUGGAGAACACAGUUUAGAGGAAGACGAUUUCACAGAAUUGCAAGAAAGAGUCCAUCCCAUGAAGACUGGGAUGUCAUGUCUUGUUUGUAAAGUGUCUGAAUUUGAUUCAUUAAAAGCGCAGAGAGAUCACUUUAAACUUGAUUGGCACCGAUAUAAUGUCAAACAAAGAUUGAUGAACAAACCUGUUAUUGCAGAGGAAGAUUUUGAAGAAACAGUUUCAGGAGARCUUUCCAGCAUAUCAGGYUCAGAGUCUGAGGAUUCUGAAGACACARACRWUGAUGAKGACUUUGAAAUGGAAGGCACAAUAAAGCAAGUUUUACCAGAACCUAAUUCAUUGGRCAGUAAUUUCCCCAAACAAAGGARUAYUGCUACACACAAAAGAAAUCAUCCRAAACUUUUCCUUUCAAGUGAAGAUGGACAAGUCUUUUCACUGUAUAGAGCAACYGUUUUUUCUCCUAAAAACGUCCCUGAGAGUGAAUUAGAUUUGAUCAAUGGAAUAAAGCAAUUACCUGAAGAAWCUUUGUGGACAGUAAUCAUGACAGCUGGUGGCCAUUUUGCUGCUGCAGUGUUUGAUGGGAAUUCUGUUGUGGCACAUAAAACCUUUCAUAGAUAUACUGUGAGGGCAAAAAGAGGUACAUCACAAGGGGUUAGGGACAACCAACAAGGCAUACAAAAAAAAUCGGCUGGUGCUAAUCUCAGGCGAUACAAUGAAGCUGCAUUAGUGCAGGAGGUUUAUCAACUGCUAGAUACUUGGUCAGAAUAUCUGAAGAAUUCUCACAAAAUUUUCAUAAGGAUUCCUACRUAUAAUAAACCAAUGAUUUUUGGUGGAAAAAAUCCUCACUUGAAUAGAAAUGACCAAAGAGUAAGAACUAUACCUUUUGCAACUCGUAGACCAACCUUCAAAGAAAUCAAGAGAGUUCAAGAGGAGUUAUCAAGAGUGCAGGUUCUUGGAUCAAACAAAGAUGUUCUUGACRAUGUUAUCAACCAACUUUCCYCAAAGAAAUCAAAGCCUUCCCUGGACRAACCAAAUGAARWGCYGCAMUGCAGUGAAACUGWAGACCCUCAYCAAAGCACUUCACAAGAAGCUGUUGAUGGCAAUGUUUGUGAAAACAUGAAACAGUCUAUUAAACAAACUGAAUCAAAUGUUAAAGAAACUAAAAACUCUGUGUCUACUAAAAAAGCAAAGAAGAAAAAGACUUCUCGUAUGGCUGAUCAAAGUGGCCAAGAAAAAGUUUCAGAAGCAACCAAGAGUCCAGAAAAAAUUACAYCAGAACAACACAUGUGGAAUCGAUUUUAUUGUGCCAUUGUUUCUGGGAACAGUAAAGUAAUUGCUGAAUUGCUGAUAGAUAAAAAAUCAGCCCACUCUGACAAAGACAGCAAAGCAACACUUGAAACUCCUAAUCUUGGUGAAAACAACUGUCAAGAAGGCUCCAAUAAGCAAUGUGAGGACGGAAAGAAUGAAGUAACAUUGGAAGAGGAGUCUGAUGAAAGUUCCAGUUCAAAAAUAGAUGUAUUCAAAGUUUUAAAUGAAAGGUGGGGCGAGAGUGGCAGCUCACUACUUCAUGUAGCAUCAAGGACAUCACAAACUGAGAUUAUYUACACUCUCUUGCAUCAUGGGGCUGACCCCUCGUUAAGAGAUGACAGUGGUAAAACACCCUAUGACAAGGCAAAAAGCAAAGAAACAAGAGAUCAGUUUAGACGGUUUAUGGCUGAUUAUCCUGAUGCCUUUGAUUAUUCAACAUCACAUAUCCCAAGCCCUCUUACACAAGAAAUGCAAGAUGAGAAAGAACGCAAGGAAGCAGAAAAGAAAAAAGCUCAAAGGAAAGCAAAAAAGCAAAGAUUAAAGGAACAGAAAGCAAUGGAACAACAGAAAAAGGAAAAGGAACUGGAAAAGAAGAAAGAAGAAGCAAUGAGUGAAAGAGAAAAGAGAGCUUUAGCAGCAGAAAAGAGAUUUUCAAAACAACUUCAAAAGAAUUGUGGAUUAAGCUGUGCUAUGUGCUCAAAAAAUCUCACAGGAAGUGUGCCAUUUGAAAGGCUGACAUACAAGUACUGUACUACUGAUUGUGUGAGACAGCACAGGCUUAUACUUGAAAACAAAGGAAGAUAAUAUUGCUACUCUUAAAUGUUAAUCUAAAUUAUUCUUAAUAUAUAGUACCAAACAAUGUUUCCAUGAUCAUAAAAUUUGUAAAGGACAACAACAGCCAAAGUGAUCUCUAUUAAAAAUUGAGGCAAUGGUUCAAAUCAAGGUUUUGAGCAAUAAUAAAUCGAAUCGGGAUUCAUUUAUUAUAAAUUUAGAUAUCAAAUUUUGUGCAAAAAAAUAUUUUUCAUUGAAUGUAAUAUUAUAAGCAAAAGUGUACAUUUUGCUUUAUGAAKAAAUUAYAAAUUAUUAUUAU